UUUUUUUGUGCAUCGUUAGAAGUGCGCAGGCCUCCCCGAAUUACACGUGCGAUCGCCGCGCGCACACGACAGUCGACAGCCUCGGAGGAGACCGCACACGACCACGUCCACAGGUGACAGACAGCACACUCUUACACACGAGACACACUGAUGGGAAAGGACGGAGCGGCGGCGGCGGCGGGAGCGGUGCGCGGGCGGAGCAGCGACCGCCUAGGCGGAGCGCGCCGUCUCUGCGCAGGGUCGCGCGUCAGGCCGGGGGCAAGGCUCAAGCGUCCCCCUGGUGGCGGCGCAGGGAAACGCGGAGGCGGCCGGCGGUGGCGGAGACGCGAGCGUUUUGCACGCGACGAGGCGAACGGUGAUGGCGCGGUGGGUGACGGGGCUAGAGAACACCCGACGCUCGCAAACGACGUCGGUGCUGGACGCCAUAGUAUGGCUUCCGAGGCUGAACCGCUCCGCAACGGUUGGUAGCUCGACCUGCACAUUGACAAAGUGCGGUUACCUGUCAGUCGUCGACGUCGCGUGCGAGAUCCAAUAUCGCCGGCCGAGCGAUAGCAACCUGAGAGGAUAGGGAU